AUGGACCGUCCAUCUCCCAUAUGGGGCACGCCAAACAGCGAAUCUUAUCCCAUGGCGGAUUGCGGAAAGGCUUUUUCGAUAAUGUGCGCGGAUGCUGUGGCGUCAUUACCGAUUAGAGAUGCGGCCAAUGGGGACACGGGAGAAUUGGAAAGUAUCCGUGAAGCGUGUGAAGAAAUCAAUCCCUUUGAGAGCGGCUCCGAAGGUGCUGUCGAGGGAGUAGAGGCGAUUAUUGAGGGGACUGCCGUUGCUUUGAGAGUCGACUCAUUGUUAAUAACGAAUAGGAGCAUGGAAAUAUUGAGAAAUAAAGUACACACUCGAGAACUUUAA